AUGCAUCGUCCCGCAGGCUGCGCAUUGCAGCGCAUGACGCCGAAGCGCCUGCUGACGCGCUUUCGCAACAAGCUGGUGCUCGUGUUUGGCGACAGCGUCUCGAAGAAUUUCGCCGGGUCCGUCGCGUGCGUGCUGCACGCCGCGUCGCCCGGCACCAUCCAGAAUUUCCGCAUCGCCAACGGCAACACCAAGGCGUACGGCGUCAGGGUCCCUAGUACCAACACUCGUUUCGCGUCAGUGUUCUCCAAUUGGCUGAACCAGGCGAGCGGGCUGGGCGGCAGCAUGAACCGCAUUGACCUUGAUAAGAUCGACCCACAGAUCACCGACCUCCUGCCACUGGCCGACAUUGUCGUUUUUCAGGCUACCAACUGGUGGUUCCCAGCCAUCAACAAGUGGUACUUGGGCGGCAAGGAGCAGUCCUUGUCCAAGGAGGCUGCAUACGAGAUUGGCCUCAAGACUCUGCGUGACUAUGUGGUCAAGUCGGGCUUUAAGGGCCGCGUUGCCCUGGUGGGAGUGUCCCCCUCCCACUACAAGGUCCCUGGGCUGAAGGAGGGGUCUUGCGAGACCAGCAAAAUUCUCACAGCACAGCAGGCAGAGGAGCUUGCGAAGGGUGACAAGUUCCGGGAGAUUCAGAUGAGGGUCUUGUCAGGUUCUCCAAUAAGCUAUGUCGACGUUGCGCCAAUGAGCUAUUAUCGCCCGGAUGGCCACGUCCAAAAAUGGAUGGUGAAAGGGGGGGCUCCAGCGGGCAAGAAAAACGACUGCCUUCAUUGGUGUGAAGGUGGUGUCACAGAUACGUGGCUUGAAAUGCUCUUCAACCAGCUACUCUUUUAA